AUGACGUCUGUUCGGAAAAGAAAGAUGGCCCGCUCGUCGGUCAAGAAAAACACCAGGCGCGUCAAGGACAGCAGCAAGCGGGUGGUCCUCAAGGGCCACCCUCUCAUGGCCCAGUACUGGGACCCUAAGCUCACAUUGAUCCAGAACUACAAGAAGCUUGGCUUGACCGUGAGUCUAGGAAAGCAGAACGGAGGUGUGGAGCGCAAGUUGGAAUCCGUCAGCGAACGCCGCGCACGUGACGUUGAAAGUGACUCCGACGACGACGAUGCCAGCUCGGCUACUCUAGGGUCCGAUGAGGUUGAAACUGACCCCUUGAAAAUCCCCGCUGGCGAGGCCCGCAUCGUGCGUGACCCGGAAACCAACGAGGUUGUCAAGGUGGUCUACGGCCAGAUGCAGCCGGAGCAGCCGGAGGAAAAGAGCGAGUUUUCCAUAGUCGACAAGUUGGAGGAGUACAACAAGGAGCACGCCAAGCCCGUGCGUGACACCAAGCCUUCCGACCGCGAGGACCACUGGUUGAGCCAGUUGCACGACAAGUACGGCGAGGACUACGAGCGCAUGAAGUGGGACAAGAAGUUGAACCAGACGUUCAUGUCUGCGGGCCAGUUGAAGCGCAAGAUGGCCCAGUGGAAGAAGGCGCACGGCAUCUAG